GACCCAGAGUACAACUGGCGUGACCUCAUUCGGUCGGACCGCUCGUCCAACGAGGAGCGCCUCAGGGUCUUCCACAAUGCGGCGAUGCGCGCACGGCGAGAGCUCGGGAAGCAGGUAAGACGCCUCGGUGCAAAUGCAGUGCUUGGGUAUCGCGAGUAUGUCGACCUCGAGGGUGAUGCAACAGAUCGAAUUUGCAUCCGAGCCUUCGGCACUGCUGCGCGCAUUCUGCCGACCAGCGCGGCCGGCGGCAUGGUCAGCGGGCUACGGCAGGGAAGCUUCGAGGUCCAGCUUGGACGGUCACCACGACGCCGUGAUGGAGACAUCGAAGGGGCGUAUCCACCACUGCCACUUCUACCUGCGACUUCAGGCGGAGCGGCCUCGGAUGCCCUCCUCAGCCAAGCCGUUUCCGUGACAAGGAGCAGCGAUGAAAUCAGCCUCGGUGGCAGCGCAGUGGAUGCCUUGGCUCCGACUGUGGAGGUGCUGCAGCGAGGUGUCUUGCAUUGCCUGGACCGGCUUCCAGUAGCUGAGAGAGUUGCAAUCUGCGGCGUCGUGGCAGCCCGUGCCGUAAAGGUUUUCAGCUCGCGCACAUCGCAGGACAGUCGCGAGUCGUGGUGGGCCGACUUGCAGGAAGAGCUGCUGUCGCACGCCCGUGCUCUCGGUGGCGAUUCCAUUGUUGGAUACCGAGAACACGUGUCCAUCACUGACGAGGUGGCGAUGCUUUCGGUGACGGGGACGGCACUGCGGCACCUGCACACUGCCACGACGGUGCCUACUUUGCCGGACUGCAGCCUGGCUCAUGCCUCCGAAAGCCGCGAUGACGCAGGACGUUUGUCUCGUUGCUGCAUGUGCGGGGAGGGCUUGGUGCCGAACGUCCUCCUGGCGACCUCGGACUUCCCCGAGGGCCUGCCGAUCCUUGGAAGGAGCGAGCUGGUCGAGGCCCGCGUGGUGCGCCUCAAGCGGAAGGUGACCGGUGAAGCGCAUGCCCAGGACCUCUCAGAAGCAUUACCCUUCCUGGAGUUAGAGCUGCACAAGCAGCUGGUGCACAAGAUGCGGGUCAUGGGGCUGAAUGCAGCCUUUGGCCUCCGUGUGGAGAUCUCCAACGGUCCGUCGUUGCUCAUUGGAGUUGCUACGGCCACUGGAGUCUUGGUGCCUGCUCUGCCGCGGCCUCCGGUGGUCAGGGCCAACCCUGGACGCUUUAAUCGAGCCUUCACUCCAAGCGAUGCUCCAAAGAGUCAAGGUCAUCGUACGGUGGGUGGGACGAGUCUCCGCACGAAUGUAGGUGCCAAGACACCGGCCUCGAGCGCUCCGAGCAUGCGGACUCGACAAGCAGCUGGCACACAGUGGCUCCGAGGAGCUCAGCAGGAUGCCAUGAGCCAUGCAUCUGCCAACCCCACGUCUCCACCAAUGGGAACGUCCGCGGCGAGUGGCUUCAGCCGUUCCGUGGGCCAGACGACAAAGGGUGGGGCCACCGAGAAAAACUCCUGGCGCAGCCUUGCGCUGUGCCCAGCAAGGCAUCGCCCGCCUUCGCGGCCGUCACGGGCCUGGAGGAAGUGGAUGCCAAGAUUCCUGGGUAGCUUCUUCGGGGCGGCGCCGGUUGCUGGACCAGACCUGGGGCACAGCCGGCCAUUGGCUGCCAGCACAGUUUCUCAUCCGAUGCGGCCGACACCGGAAGUGCUGGAGAGACUGAAUGAAGCGGUGGCCUGCCAUUUACAACGGCGCAAAGGUGACAGCUCAGAGCCUGCUGUGGCAGAUUCCUUCGAUUGGCCGUUGGACAAGCUCCAGGCUUUGCAGCUUACUUGCGCGACUCUCUGCCGACAAAGGUCGGGUCAAGACGGGGAGGUUUUCGCAGUGCAGACAGCCACUGAAGGCGGUGAGCGAGAAGCUUCCAAGACUCGCCAUCAGCAGGACGACCGACAUCAUUUCCUCUUCGAGGUAGACGACGAGGCGGAUGAAGAUCUGCUCAUGGUGCUGGACGAUCUCCUUGUGCCUAACAGUGCCAUUCUUUGCACGGUGGACUGCCCUCCUGAUGGGACGGAUGUGUUCCAUGAACCUGCGGAGGGGUGGUCUCCUGCAAGAUCUGCCACUGGGGCGUGGAAGGACACUUCUUCGGCAGUCUAUGGGGUCCGGCGCGUGGAUCUCUUCGAAGACCUGGGCCUGGACCGUGGCACCUGCGUGGCCCACGCCGGCUCUGUGCAGAUCACGGCGAGGCUGACCCAUCAUCUUGGAAAGGUGCUGACAGAGAUGUAUGCUUGCAUGCUGUUCCGGGAGAUGGUCAGCAGAGGUUGCACACUCUGUUGCCUGGCUGCGCUCUCUUGGCGCAUUGCUGUUCUCGAGGAUGACGUGAUUGAGCUGGUGCUGACUGGGCAACGGCUGGCGGAGAUGAGCACCCCAAGUGAAGGCAAACCUUGGCGUAGCCAUGGCCAUGGUGCCACAUCUUCGGCCGCUGCUGGGGGUACUGGGGAGGAGGCGGCCGACAUGUCGACACGGCCCUGUGGUCAGGCUCCCGUGGGGAUCACGACCCGCGACCUUCUGUGGCACACACUCCACCUGAAGCAGCCGAGCAGGUGGCAGGGCUCGCUGCGAGCGAUUCGUCCACGACACCUACUCGUUGAUGAUGCAGCUGAACAAGUGGCCGACCUUGCCGAAGGAUGCCACAGGCAUGGGGCUGCCCACGAGUGGGUCGCGGAUGGAGAGAGCUUGGAGGCGGACAAGCCUGUCCUGGUGUCAGCUUUGAGUUCUAUCCCCUACUGCCAGGUUGAGAGGUACUGUGGCCUGGUCACUGUCCACAUGAUCAAAGAGACCGUGAAUGUUACGCGCCAGUUCGAGUCACUACAGGUGUUUUACCACCAAUUUGUUGCAGAAGCGCUUCUGACAGCAAAAGCCCACGUUCUGGCGGUGGGCGGUGAUGCUUUGCUUGGCUAUCGCAUCAAUAACCUGUUCCUUCGUGAGGACAAACGCCGGGCGUACGCUGUGAUUUCGAUCUCGGGAGAUGCAGCAAAGCUUUGGAUGGAGUGA